CUCCGUAUGCCGCAGGUGCGGCCCUAAAAAGACAAAACAAAAACAAACAAACAAAAAAGGAUUUUGCAAAAGUGCUUCCCUUGCUCCUCAGACGCUGGAAAGGAGAAGCCUAGAGGACUUAUUCUGGAAGGGGCCAUGGGCAGAGGGCAGCCCCUGGGGCAGUGGGCUGAGCAGGUCUGUGCUGAGAUACAGGCUAUGGAGCUGGAACACUUGGUUUCUGAGCCCGGCUUCAUUCAGGCCCCCUGGCAUUGUGGUUUCUCUGUUGUCCUUCGGGUGCAUGCAGACACCAGAGCCCAGGCCUGACCCCAGGAACUCAGAGGGUUAGGCGCUGCUUCCAUCUCCCCCAUUGCCAGGCAACUCCCUUCCUUUCUUCUGCUUCCCUGCCUCCUGCCCUUUCCAUCUCUGCUCAGGGAACCAGGCUCUAGGGAGCACUGAGCUUCCCUCCUGUGCUGCCGGGGGAGGGGCAUUCUGGGGGCCGUGGGGACCCACGUGCAGGUAAAAGCCCCACCUGCCUUCUCUCCAAAGCAGUGCAGGCUGUGUCUGCUCUUUCUCUCUCCCGCUCUUGCUCUCCCUCCAGCUCUGCCCCUGCUUCAUGCUGGAGCCAUUUUUCUUCCAAUCUCCUUCCGCCAGCUUCAUUUAUUCCGUCUGUGUACCCACUUUUCUGCCCACAUCCUCCACCACUUUCUCCAAGGGAGCCGCUCUACCUGCCCCAGCUCUCUAUUCCCAGAACCCAGAACUCAGAUGAGUGGAUUCAACUGUUCCGGCGUCUUUCAAGUUCUAGCCUCCAGGAAGGUCUGCCACCCCGCUCAGCUCCCCCAGUUUAUCUUCUUUCUGUCCAGUGGGGUUUUCUGGGAGGGAAUGGCCAGCAGCCCAGGCGCUGCCCGUCCUACUCCUGUUCCCCGAGAUGUCUGGUGAACCGGUCCACGCCUUUCCUGCCGCCGCCAGAGCCUCUAUCUUGGCUGGGCUGCCUCCCGGUGCUGCCUGACCCCCCUCCCAGCUCCUCCUUCCAGUCCGGCCUUGGAGACAUGGGGGGUGGCAAUGGCACAGCAGUAACUGAGUUUGUUUUGCUGGGGUUCUCAGGAUCGGGUUCCCUCCGGGUCCCCCUGUUCUGGGGGGUGCUCUGCGUCUACCUGGUCACCUUGCUGGGCAACGCACUGAUCAUCCUGCUCACGCUGGCAGACGCCGGCCUGCGCUCCCCCAUGUACUUCUUCCUGCGCCACUUCUCCGUGGCGGAGAUCCUCUACACCACCACCAUCGUGCCCAGGAUGCUGGCCAACCUCCUCUCCCCCUGCCCCACCAUCCCGCCUGCCAGCUGUUUCACCCAGCUCUAUUUCUUCGCCCUCUUUGGCAUCGCUGAAUGCGGCCUGCUCACUGCCAUGGCUUGUGACCGCUAUGUGGCCAUCUGCCGGCCGCUGCAUUAUGCCACCCUGAUGAGCCAGAGAGCAUGUGCGGGCAUGGUGGGCGCCUCCUACCUCAUGGGCGUUGUCACCGGCACCACUCACUCCAUCUGCAUCUUCACCAUGCCCUUCCGCGGUGCCAGCACGAUCCAUCACUUCCUGUGUGACAUCUUGCCUGUGCUGAGACUGGCCAGUGGGAGCCCCUUCUGGGGUGAAGUGGGCAACCUGGCUGUCACCAUAGCCUUUAUCUUGACACCCUUCUCCCUGAUUGUGGCUUCCUAUGCCUGUAUCCUUGUCACCAUCCUCGGAGUUGCCACGCCCAAGGGACGUCACAAAGUCUUCUCUACCUGUUCCUCCCACCUGUUUGUGGUCAUUCUCUUUUUUGGGACGGGGACUGCUGCCUACAUGAGGCCAUGGGCAGGUUCCUCCCAGGACGGGGACCAGAUCCUUGCUCUCUUCUACACGGUGGUCACUCCCAUGUUCAACCCUUUCAUCUACACUCUGAGGAACAAGGAGGUCACAGGGGCAAUGAGACGGCUCAUGAAGAGAUACCUUUGGAGCCCUUGACCCCCUCAAGUAAUUGGAGAGAAGGGCCAGAUCCUUGGAGAUCCUUGGAGAUGCUCAAGGAAGAGGGAGCAACUGGGAGCCCGUGCCCUGGGUGGAGUGUUGGGGUCCCUGGCCUGCCUAGCUCCAGGGCCCAGGGCUCUGAUGUGCUGCUCAGGGCUUGGCUUCUGGGGCUUGUUCUUAUGGCCUUGACCUGACCUGUUUGGAGGUACAAAGCUGGAG